AUGUUGAUGAAGACUGCGGUAACGGCCCUUUUGGGUCUGGCCAUGGCUGCCGAGGCGGCCACGGUCCACCAUUACAGACCGUCCAGCACGCUGGAACGACGACAGAACCGGGGCGGGCGAUUUGGUGGUGGAAACAACAACAACAAUGGGGGGAACAACAACAACAAUGGGGGGAACAACAACAACAAUGGGGGAAACAACAACAACAACAAUGGGGGGAACAAUAAUAAUAACAACGGUGCCAGCGAAACUUGCCUGGCACCAAACGCUAUCCAAACCGGCUCGCAGUCCACCGGCCAGAAUGGUGCGCAGGCCGCGGAUGGUCAGGUCGAGUCGGCCGUUUCCGACAACAACUUCAUCAAUUACUGCGCAGGCGAGACCUUGACCAACGGUCUGCAGAACCGCGAUGGUUCCUGCAACGGUAUCCCAAUGGGCAAGAUUCCCGCCGUCAACAGGAUGGUCUCGACCGUCAUUACCAACCCCAAGAACAAUGACGACCUCGAGGAGCUUACGACCUUCGACAUCCAGGUCAACGUUGCCAAUCUGCAGGCCGGUUCCUUCACCAACGCCACGAGCACCUACUACUCGGCUCCACAAGACCUCAACGGAGCUGGCCAGGUUAUCGGCCAUGUCCACGUUACGGUCCAGGACACGGGCGACACCCUGAACCCCACCCAGCCGCUUGAUGCCACCAAGUUCGCCUUCUUCAAGGGCAUCAAUGACGCCGGAAACGGCCAGGGCCUGCUCAGCGCUGAGGUAACCGGAGGUCUCCCAGCCGGUUGCUACCGUGUCUGCACUAUAACCAGCGCCUCCAAUCACCAGCCUGUUCUGAUGCCCGUUGCCCAGCGUGGUUCGCAGGAGGACUGUCGCUACUUCAGUGUCGGCGGCGCCUGCGGAAAUGGCGGCAAUAACAACAAUAAUAACAAUGGUGGAAACAACAACAACAACCAGGGCGGCAACCAAGGCGGGAAUCAGGGAGGCAACGCUGGUAACCAAGGCGGCAACCAAGGUGGCAACGCUGGUAACAACCAGGGCAACCAAGGUGGCAACCAGGGCAACCAAGGUGGCAACCAGGGCAACCAAGGCGGCAACGCUGGCAACAAUCAGGGCAACCAAGGUGGCAAUCAGGGUGGCAACCAGGGCAACCAGGGCAACCAGGGCAACCAGGGCAACCAGGGCAACCAGGGCAACCAAGGCGGCAACCAGGGCAACCAAGGCGGCAACCAGGGCAACCAAGGCGGCAACCAGGGUGGUAACGCUGGCAACAAUCAGGGCAACCAAGGUGGCAAUCAGGGUGGCAAUGCGGGCAACGGUGCUGAUAACAACGCCGGUAACUCUGGUAACAACGGCGGCCAGGGUGCUGGUCAAGGUGCUGGUCAAGGUGCUGGUCAAGGUGCCGGUCAAGGUGCCGGUCAAGGUGCCGGUCAGGGUGCUGGUCAAGGUGCCGGUCAGGGUGCCGGUAACAACGGCGGCAACAAUACUGGCAACAACAACCAAGGCGGCGGCAGAGGAAACGGCGGUGGCGGCAGAGGCAACGUCGGAGCGGGCGCCCAGAACAAUGCGGCUACACCCAACAACGGCACUAACCAAGGUGGCGGCGCCAACGCAAACGCUGGUAGCGCCAUUGCCGGCAUCGCAGCGCCCGCAGUAGAGGACUCGGGCGAUGCUGCCCGCCCGUUCUCGGUCAAUGGCAACACCUUCGUGAACAGGGCGGCCGCGGUUCAGCGCGCCUGUGCCAUCCAGAACAAUGGCUGCGCCAAUGCUGUCAACUCCGGAGCCGCCCAGGGCUCGACGGUCGCUGACUGCAAUCAACAAGAAGCCGCAUGCCGGGCGGCCGGAGGUGCCUAA